AUGGGCUUAGGUGGGACUUGCUCGGAUUACACGCCUCCUUACGAGUUCUUAACGAAGAACCCCAAUUUUGGACGGACUCGUAAGCUCGGAGAGAAAACCACGAGGAUCCCCAACGUCCUGCUCGUCCUCAUCUCUGCGAGGAUCCCCAACGUCCCUCGUCCUGCUCGUCGCUCGUCGUCGACCUUGCCCUGCUUCCUCGUCGUCGUCCUCCUCACCCUUAUCUCUGCGUCUUCUCGCCUUCAUCUGGUCGGAGACAGUCUGUUUCGAAUGUUGAUGGCAUGUUGUUGGGCGUUUGCCGUAGUAACCGGAAUAGAAGGAAUUUAUGGAACACAAAUGGGGAUGGACAAGAUGGUGCCAUUGUCCCCGCACCAGCUUGUGGAUUGUGACGAGUUUAGUAAUGGCUGCAAGGGUGGCCUCGAGGAUUACGCAUAUGACUAUCAACCUGUGUUGCCGAGGGACGAGGAGGCCCUGGCAAGGGCUGUGUGUCAACAGCCGGUGACCGCUGGGAUUGAUCCCGGAAGCGCAGCUUUUGUUCUUUACAAAGGUGGGAUUUUUACAGACGAGUGUGGAACUAAUUUGACACACAUUGUAACCAUAGUCAGUAUCGGAAGGGACGAGCCUGGCACCGAAUACUGGAGAAUCAAGAACUCAUGGGGCAAGGAAUGA